UUCAUGAGUGAAUAGAGAGUUAUAACACCAGCUAGCUCCACAACUACCUCCAACUCCUACCAGUAACUUGCAAGAAAAAUGUCCGCAGUAGUUGAAGAUGCAAUAAUAAGAUCGAAGAAAAUAUCAACGGGAAGAGCUCCUUGCUGUGACAAAGUGGGUCUGAAGAAAGGAAGAUGGACUGCUGAGGAAGACAAAAUCCUGACCGACUAUAUCCAGCAGCACGGCGAAGGCUCUUGGAGAUCCUUGCCCAAAAAUGCAGGGUUAUUGAGGUGUGGAAAGAGUUGCAGACUGAGAUGGAUCAACUAUUUGAAAGAAGACGUGAAGAGAGGCAACAUUACUCCUCAGGAAGAGGCCAUUAUUGUGAAGCUUCAUGGGGUGAUCGGUAACAGGUGGUCUGUAAUAGCAAGGCAUCUACCAGGAAGAACAGAUAAUGAGAUAAAGAAUUAUUGGAACUCUCAUUUGAGAAGAAAAAUUUACUGUUUCAUGAGACCCUCAAAUUCCAACGACAAUCUCCCACCAAUCGACAUUGCUGCCCUGAACGCGGCUGCUUCAUCCAAACGAGGAAGAGGUGGUCGAGGCAGACCAACUCAAGCAGCCAUGCAAGAGGAGGACAAGAAAAAUAUCACUCGAAACCAAUGCUCCCACUCAGAUAUGAAUGCUGACGAUCCGAUUGACAAAAUGCAUCAAAGAAAAGCAAACCCCGAUGAAGCUGAGGCAAUUUCAAUGAUGGGCUCUAGCUCUUGGAGCCAGAGUCACCAAGAAGAGACCGUUGAUGGAAUUGGUUUGGAUGCAUAUUGUGAGAUGAGUAGUGAUGAUACACAUGGCAACGCAGCAUUUUGCCCCAACGUGGAUGGAGAAGGUGACGCCUUGGGACCAUUUCAAUGGCUAGAUGAUGAAAUAAUGAAACUUAAUUACAUGUUUGAAAGUGGGAUUCUUGUGAACUCAACCAGUAGUGGAAAUAACAGUAUGGGAGGAGAAUGUGGCUAUGGAAUGGUUGGUGGUAAUAAGGAGAUGAAUAUUCCAACAAGCGAGGAAAGUAAAAGUGAUGUUUGGAGCUCACUUUCAAAUUACACAGAGAGUGGGCAGUGGUAUAACAGUAACAACAAUAAUAAUUAUAAUAGCAGAAGUUCAUCAUCAGGGAAUUCUGUUUAUGAUUAUCAGUGGGCUGAUUGGGAUAUUUCAGCCAGUGCCCAAUCCCAUAAUCAAUGGAACCCGCAGUACUCCGAAGAAAGCGAGAUGAUGACUUGUUUGUGGGAUGCCACUGCAAAUGGUGAAGUAAAUAACUUCUACUGAGUUUGCAUAUAUGAGAGGGAAUUUAAGUCUAUACUCCAUAUGUAGCAUUCUAGUUUUCUUUUUCUUCCUGCUUCAUAAGAUCCGGUAGUUGCAGUUUCUCAGUUGAUCCUUCAGAGAGAGAGAAAAUCCUCAGAGCAUAUAUAUUGUAAGGGAGAAGCCUAUUUCAAUGUGUUUACCAGGCACUGUAUAUUAGCUAUUAUUUCUUUAAUCUGACAAUAAAAGUGCUAGGAUUUCACAAUGUUCUUUGUCUUUUUCAAAAAAGGAGUACACAAGAGUAAUUU